ACUCAUUGUUCAUCAAUUCAAUUGUCUGUCCUGUUGGUCGAACAACAUAUACACCAAGGAGAAUUCAUUGAAAUAUACACGACCGACAGCUGACCCAUCGGGGUCAUUCCGUGGCCACAAUGAGAUUCCUCAGCAUUGCCGCUGCGUUGCUGUCAACAAGUUGCAGUACACUAUUAUGCGCGGCAGAGCCAGUCAAAGAUUUUACACCACCGGAGGUCUUCAAAAAUGUCAAUUUAGUGCGGAAUACAAAUUUGGAAAAGGGAUAUGCUCGUGAAACAAUCAAUGUGGUGGUGGAGAAUACAGACAAGCAGCCACAGAGUGAUUACUAUGUGCCAUUUCCAUCUGAUGUGUUUAGUCGCAUUGGGGGAUUUGAAGUGCGCAAUAAGAAAUCUCCGGAGAAAGGAAGCUUUCCAGUGACAGCUGUAGAAGCUGAUGGUGGCAGCACUCAAUUCUAUAAGAUCCAGUUCCCCGAGCCCCUUUCGCCUUCUUCGCAAACCACGCUUAGCAUAUCAUAUUAUGUUUUGGGCUCUUUCAGUCCUCUUCCCAAGUCUAUUGGACAGUCGGACUCGCAAUACCUGACAUAUACCAUCGAUGCUUAUGCGCCAUCCGCCUACAAGGUUGAGACACAAAAGACAAAAGUCAAGUUUCCUACUUCCAAUGUCCCCGGUUAUACCAUCACAUCCAAACUGAAGACAGGAAACGACCCAGAGAAACAAGGAAGCACUUUCACAUAUGGUCCGUACACCAAAGUGGCACCGGGCGCCACGUAUCCGCUUACUUUCCGUUUUGAAUCUACAAAGCCUAUCCUUGCUAGCUCUCUCUUACAGCGUGACAUUGAAGUCUCUCACUGGGGUGGCAAUCUGGCCAUAGAGGAACGCUACUGGCUUCGAAAUGACGGUGCGAACUUAUCCAGGAAUUUUGACCGUGUUGAAUGGGCCCGUCAAUCGUACGGUGUGUCCUCGAACUCCGCUUUGCAAGAGCUGAAGUACCCGCUCAAACCCGGAUCGGUGGAUCCUUAUUUCACGGAUGACGUUGGAAAUGUGUCCACCAGUCGUUACCGCCCUGGAAACCCCGGUCGUGAAGCUCAUCUCGAACUCAAACCUCGGUUCCCAGUCUUUGGCGGAUGGAAAUACAGUUUCCGUGUAGGAUGGAACAACCAUCUUUCCUCUUUCUUGCGCAAAGUUGGUGCGGAAUCGUACGUUCUCAAGGUGCCCUUUAUCGAAGGCCCCAAGGCCGCUGAAGGUAUUCAGUACGAUAAAGUCGUUGUCCGUGUGAUCCUGCCUGAGGGAGCAACAGAUAUCAAGUACGAAAUUUUGGAUAGCGGUGUACCAAACGGUCUCCCAGACGCGUCAUAUAUUGAGUCUAGUAUUUCAAAACAUCGCACGUACAUGGACACGAUUGGUCGCACGGCUUUGACUCUCAAGGUUGAUAAUCUGUCAGACGAGGCGAGAGAUUCGCAAUUACUGGUCACAUAUACCUACCCGUUUACAGCCGGACUUCGCAAGCCUUUAACCAUUGCAGCGGGUCUUUUGAGCAUCUUUGUAGGUGCAUGGUUCAUUGGAAGUUUAGACGUGAGCAUCAAGAAGCGGUAGGGUUCUCAUAGGAACAAAAGAGACAUUGAAUAAAUAAGUUUUGUUUUAUGACUGGUACCUUUCCUUUUUCUUUAUUUCCCUUUCUUUCAAUCCAUUCGUGUAUACCAUAGUCAUCGAGUCUGCAUGCAAUCGAAUUUGGCUCAAAUUUAGGAAUG